UCUAGAAAAAAGCCACUCCGGGUGGGGCGAUCUUAUCUUGUGGACUGGAUUGCUGUUUACCUCUCAACGCGGGUUGAGAUGGUCAUGGGGAUCGGUGGCCAAGGGGAAUACGAACUCGUUCGCGAAAUCAUUCCUGGAGUUGUUACAGCUUCAACUGAUUUUCUUAGCCUCUUUAGCCUUUGUGCUCUACUCUGAAGACUGGACCAACUACAGCUUGGACUCACGAGGAGCGCUCCUAAGUCUGGGUGUCCCUUUGUUUCGAGGUCUCGACCUUCUGGCAGGAGCUUUACACUCAGUUUGCACCAUGUUGGCGCUCAGUUGCACUUUCGAGAUUCCGCAUACGAUCGCAACACUGUUGAGCUAUCUCGUCUACCCGAUGACCAGAACAAUCGGCCUUCCUCCUCAGUUGGCUGAACUGGUCAACCCGGCAUGUUUCCCACCUCUGUUUGGCUCCUUGUUCGAGCUCUCUUCCUUGGCCGAUUUCUGGGGAAAGUCUUGGCAUCAGAAGUUCCGUCGCCAUUUUCUGUUCUGUGGCGGCAAACCGGCCAAGUCGUUGGCCAGAGUCUUGGGUGGCUCCCCAAAGAUUCAGAAGGCUUGUGGCCUCCUGGGCGCGUUUGGUGUCAGUGGAUUCCUUCAUGAAUAUUCCCUGUACGCUUUCCAACGGGAACCCCAUCCAUAUCCCCGAGAGUUAUUCACGACCCUGCCCGGCAGUUUCCUUUUCUUUUUCAUCCAACCAUUGGGCAUACUUCUGGAGCCAUUUGUUAUCCCCUAUGUGCCCAAGAAGUUAGGCGGGGCCAAGCUGUGGACAGCCUCGUUCUUAUUGCUCACUGCCCCGCUCUUCACUCGAGAUGCCUGUCGUCCUCCUGGCAUGUUCAAUCAAUUCCGACCCCUGGAAGAAUGGACUUGGCUCGAAAUCCUCUUACCCGGCCCGCUUGUAGCUCGAACCUUUUACGCCAAAUAG